CCUCUCGUUUUUUUUCUUUCCGAUCAACGAGUUAAUUUCUCUCAAAAAACCCUCUGCCACUUUUCAUUCUUUCAUUCCAGAAAUCCGUUUAAAGGUGAAGUGUUCCAUGACUACGUGCACGAAGAUAUCUAUCAAGGUGUGAAAAUUGACUAUCGUGGAAAAGAUGUCACACGGGAUAACUUCGUGAAAGUAUUAAAAGGCGAUGAGAAACUUGCAGCCAAUAAGAAGAAGGUGCUCAAAAGUGGUCCGGAUGACAACGUGUUCAUCUUCUAUUCUGGGCAUGGUGGGGUUUCCUUUAUUACCUUGUUGGAAGAAGAAUUCAUGCUUUUAUCCUUAGGCCAUCGCCAUCUCACGAGAAUGUUCGUCCUUUUGUUGCGACAGCUGCAUGCCGUGGAGUUGAACGGGAUCCUCGCCCACAUGCAUUCAAAAAAAAAGUACAACAAAAUGGUGCUGUACGUGGGGGCUUGCUUUUCUGGCUCUUUGUUUCGAAAUAUUCUACCUCGAAAUGUGGGAAUCUACGUGACAACAUCAGCCAAGGAAAAUGAAAAAUCCUGGUCUAUUCAUUGUGACGACAUUGAUAUCGAUGCGUGUCUAGCGAGCGAAUACGCGUACGCUUGGAUCAGUGAUUCGGAAUACCAUGACUUGAAAAGGCGUACCCUGGAUCAACAGUACGAGGAGGUGAAAAAAAGGUUAGCAGAUAGUCACGCGAUGAAGUACGGUGAGAUGGCGAUAGGAAAUCUCCCGGUUGGAAAAUUCCAAGGUCAUUAUAAUCUACCCAUGCAACGGAAUGACGGGACAAUACUACGGAAUGCUGUACAUAGAAAACCCUCUUUGCAGGCGCAUUUGUUUUCAAAGUCGCGACGUAUAAUGGAGGCCACAAGGGAGCAAGACCAGGAAGCCGCUUGGCGGAAGCUGCGCCGUGCAAUUCAGGUCCGCGAGGUAGCCCAUCACACACCACAUUUGAUGGCGCUAUGCAAAGCCGGAUACAUGGCUCAAACGCUCAUUGACUCUGUAUACAACGUCUGUUCUUAA